UUGUGCUGUAAACAAUUUCUUUCUUGUUCUGAUCCUGUGUCAACUAGAGACCAAUGUGAUGUGUGCUAACUAGGGAAUGUUACACGACAUGAUGAAUACUACAGACCUUGUGACGGCAGGGGUUACCUCCCCUGUAACGACGACGGAAAUGAGCAGCUUCCUACAGUUUAAUCGUAACUACAUGAAAUACCAUGGCUACAUCAGCUCCAUCAUCUGUCUGUUCGGCGUCAUCUCCAACAUCGUCAACAUCAUCGUCUUGACGCGGCGACACAUGGUUACCCCGACCAACUGCAUCCUGACGGCACUGGCCAUCACCGACAUGGUGACAAUGUCUAUCUACUUCGUGUACGCGGUGUAUUUCUACAUCAUCACACAGCCGCUGGACAGGUACCAACACACCGAGGGAUGGAUGUACUUUAUCAUCGUCAAUAACCUGGCUGUCAUCACCUGCCACAACAUGGCUAUGUGGCUGACUGUCUCCCUGGCCGUGUUCAGGUACAUCUUUGUGUGUCACCACGUGGUAGCUAACCAGUGGUGCAGCCUCGCCCGAGCCAAACUGACCAUAAUCCUCAUUGUUGUGGUUUCCAUCGUCCUGUGUGUCCCUAACUACUUUCUGUAUCAAGUCAAAGACCUGAGUGAUUUUUACGAGCUGGACCGUAACGCCACACAGAAUCUCACCGUGAGUGGAUACUGGAUCGAAAAGAGCGACCUGGUGCAAAAUAACCCUCUGUAUCAGCCAAUCACAUUCUGGAUAUAUGGUGUGAUCAUUAAAAUUGCCCCGUGCAUCUUACUGACGAUCCUGAGCACCCUCAUAAUCAUGACCAUGCACCAGGCGAGUGUCCGGCGCAAACGGCUCCUGUCGCAAUCAAACAGUCGCCACAAUGAGGAGAUGUCCUCUGAGCACAACCGCACAACCAUGAUGCUGGUCAUGGUGGUUCUGUUUUUCGUGGUGACCGAAUUCCCACAAGGGAUUCUGGCCGGGAUCAGCGGUCUGAACGAUACGUUUUUUAACCAAGUGUACUCGAAUCUCGGGGACGUGAUGGACCUUCUGGUCCUGAUAAACAGUGCGAUCAACUUCCUGUUGUACUGUAUCAUGAGUCAGCAGUUUAGGGACACAUUUAAAAACUUGUUUAUGUGCUCGUUCGUGAGAAACUUCAACAACGGAAACCUGAUACUAAAGAACGGGAUUCAUAACAACCACUACAGUACCGUCAAAACGGAAGUGACUCAAGUCUAGCAAAUCUCUAGAGAAACAAUGGCCUGUCUGUAGCUUAAAAGCAACAGUACAAUUAUAGGGUGCUGGCUGAAAUCAGCCGCCCUUUCUUCCCAAUUAUAUAUAUAAAGCUUCAUUAGGAACACAAUCAAAAGACAGCAAAGAAUCCCCUCGAAGUUUGUUAAGUUUUACGCUUUACGAAUUUAUCAAACAAAUAAAUGUCAAUAUACUCAUUUUGAAUGUGUCAGACUUGGCUUAAUCUAAGUUUGUAUAUUAACCUGUCUCCAUGACGACUGUUGAGUUUUUUUUAGCUUUGUUCUGUAACAAUGGCAACUGAUGAGAUUUACACCUGUUAUCAUGGUAAUUACAGCAUAAUUAUCUUAAUUUUUUGGUGCUUUUUUUUUUUUCAUCCAUAAAUUGCUUACAUUUUCACAGUAUUUGUAAUUACCAUCAUAACAAAAUUAUUCUGAAUUGAAAUUCUGGUCCCAAAUCCGUGUAACUUUCAUCCAUAUAAUGUUGCCAAAGUGAAACUCAUCUUUCAUUUUUCUGUCUCUGUUGUCCUUUUUUUUUUUUUUUUUUUUUAAUUAUAACUUGCUGUAUUUAAUAAGUAUUAUUAAUUAUUAUAUGAAUAUAUAUGAUUAUACUUUGUUAGAAUUAAACUGAGCAUUUUUUAAAUUAAAUUUGAUCAUAACUUGCA